UAACUGGGGUGGCACACCAAAACUAAAAACUACAACAGAAAUUCUCGAAACAAAAAUAUAAAAAUUAAGCAUGACAUUUGUUGGGUUUUUCUUUAUGGCUCACAGUUCUGUCAGCAAAUCACAGAGCUGCUUCUGUCUCAGCUUUACUGGGAGCUAUCUCCUCUGUUGCAUUUCCACACAUUUGUUUCUUUUAUAAACUCGGUUUGGAACUGAAGUCAUCGCGUCCUGGCAAAGGAAAGAAAAAAAAGAGCCCACCCUUACAUCAGCAGCUGGACUCCCUCUAUUCUCCAGCUCCUGCGAGCCGAGCCCACUCCCUCCUCAGCAGCCGAGCCAAUGAGUUUUAGUGGAAAAACAGUAGAAAGAAAAACAAUCAACCAGUGUUUCGUGGGAGCGGAUUUAACAAGUGUCUUCAUGAGCAAAAGAACAACAGAAGUCAAAAGGGUCCGUCUCCUGUGAGCGUGCCGAGUCAGAACCUGAGACCCUCCGCAGCCGAUCCGUUCCUCUUCCUCACCCCCGGAGCUUCCGGAGCAGAACCAGCGGCUUCUCGUCCCGCCUCUCWGCCGGGUUGGCGGCUCUCCUCUCACCCUUGAGUCAUGAUGAAUGAUGUUCAGGAGGCGACCUCCCCUGCGACCAGCCUGAGUGGUCCGGCGACGUGUGUCACCAAAGUGGAGCUGCGGGUUUCRUGCAAAGGCCUCCUGGACCGUGACACGCUCAAUAAGUCAGACCCCUGUGUCGUACUCAUGGUGCAGAACAACGGCCAGUGGAUUGAGCUGGACAGGACAGAAGUGAUAAAGAGCAACUUGCAUCCACUCUUUGGAAAGGUUUUCUGUCUGGAUUACUACUUUGAGGAGGUACAGAAGCUGCGGUUCGAGGUGUACGACAUCCAUGGCACUCACAGCAUCGGGACCCGGGACGAUGACUUCCUGGGCGGCAUGGAGUGCACACUCGGUCAGAUCGUGGCCCAGAAGAGWAUGAUAAAACCUUUGUUGCUGAAGUACGGGAAAUAUGCCGGCAAAUCUACCAUCACAGUGCAUGCUGAGGAAAUUUCAGGUAACAAUGGAUAUGUGGAGCUCUCCUUCUGUGCUAAGAAGCUGGAUGAUAAGGAUCUCUUCAGCAAGUCAGACCCUUUUCUGGAAAUAUUUCGAAUCAAUGACGAUGGAACUGAGCAGCUCGUCCACAGAACUGAGGUGAUUAAAAACAACCUGAAUCCAGUGUGGGAGCCCUUCAAAGUGUCGCUCAUGUCUCUGUGCAGCUGUAACGAAGAGCGAAAGCUCAAGUGCCUCGUGUGGGAUUAUGACUCCAGGGGGAAGCAUGACUUCAUCGGCGAGUUCUAUGCCACAUUCAGGGAAAUGCAGAAAAUUUCCAGUGGAAAUAAGGUAUCGUGGGACUGUGUGAAUCUCAAGUACAAACAGAAGAAGAGGAACUAUAAAAAUUCAGGAGUUGUUAUUCUCACUGACCUGAAGCUCCACAGAGUGUACUCAUUCUUAGAUUACAUUAUGGGAGGAUGCCAAAUUCAUUUUACAGUUGCCAUUGACUUCACAGCCUCCAACGGAGACCCCAGGAACAGCUGCUCAUUGCACUACAUCAACCCGUACCAACCCAAUGAGUACCUAAAGGCUCUGAUAGCAGUAGGGGAGAUCUGUCAGGACUAUGACAGUGAUAAACGAUUUUCAGCUUUGGGGUUUGGUGCCAGGAUUCCACCAAAUUAUGAGGUAGGUGUACCUGGUUUUAUGUUUGCUAAUGCAACCUUGCACUUAAAAUUAAUAUUUGACACUGAGCUCCACCUCAACAUGAACAGUGUUUGCAUGCUGGGCGUAUAUUUGUGUGCCAUCACAGAGACGUAWUUUUAUGCAAUAGCUGAUUUCCAUAACCUACUCUACAACACAUGUUGUCAUUCUACUCACACUUUCGUUUGUUUCUGCUCACAGCGAUACCACAUCCUGCUCAUCCUCACAGACGGCGUGGUGACAGAUAUGGCUGACACGCGUGAAGCCAUUGUUCGCGCCUCCUACCAGCCCCUCUCCAUCAUCAUCGUCGGUGUGGGUAAUGCCGACUUCACAGACAUGCAGAUUCUGGACGGAGAUGACGGAGUCCUGCGGUCACCAAAGGGUGAACCGGUCCUCAGGGACAUUGUGCAAUUUGUGCCCUUCCGAGACUUCAAAACGGCUUCCCCUGCAGCCCUGGCCAAGUGUGUUCUAGCAGAAGUACCUGGUCAAGUAGUUGAGUACUUUAGUCACAAGGCCAUACCCCCAAUGAGUCCAAUGAGGGAACUGCUUAGCCCCAUCCUGAGCCCAGUGGCCACCAGCCCAACAGAAUAACUGCGUUCUCAGUUCCUUUUGAGCGCAGCACCAAGUCUGGCAGACCAACGAGGGGAAGACGAUGCAUGCCUGACAACUUCGGUAAAAGAACUGAAGAGAACAUCCUUCUAAAUGUGUUAUUUAUUUUUCACUCAGCAACAUGUUUACACAAGGACAGAACUACACAGGUUGUGAGUGACAUAUUCCUGUGGUUGAUGUGGGUCGAGCACUUCUACCUGACUGUGCUAACCGACCAUCCAGCUGUUUUAGCACCGUAAAUCCUGAAGGGUUUUAUUUUCUCUAUCGAAUUUUUAUGCAUGCGGGCCAUUUACUCAGUGGUGAUGUACUUCUUGGAUUUUUUUUAUUGCCUAUAAACUGCAGUUUCUCAUCUCCGUCUAUGUUCCUUCUCCCCCACAACAUAUGUUUAGGUGAUUUUUUAUAUGCACUGCAGUCACUGAAUUGUUAAACUAAAUCACCAUGUUUCUGUUCAAACUUGUACCUUUCCAAAGCGAGUCUGGCUGAAGGAUUGACCUUAUUUUAAAUUACUUUUUUUUCCAAAGUGCACAAAAAUCAAACAUUUCAGUCCAUCCAGCUCACAUUAACAAACACUGUACAUAUUUUUAUUUUCCUAUUUAUGUGAAUUUCUUGAUGUAAUAUUUGGCUUAAAUGCAAAGCUUUGCUCUAACGUGCACCUGCCAUUGACAAUAAAUCAAAAACCGUCCUGCAAUAACUACGAAUUACACAAUGCUGAUGGGGAUUAGCAGUUAAUUCAGUUUAUUUAUAUUGCUCCAAAUCAGAACAAAUGUCAUAUCAAGGAAUUAUACAGAGAAAAUAAGCAUGUUCAACUCAAAUCAGCAGUUGUAAAAUUUACAAUAUUUGUGCAAUCUUUGUAAAAUAAUUAUAACACUUAAUGGUCAGAAACUUACUAAACCCCAGCACUAUUUUGUGUGUAGUUUCCACAACACUUACUCUCACCUUGUGAAAUACAAGUGACACAAAAACGUCAGCUGUAGCUUUUUGUGUGAUUUUCUCUAAACAUUUCCAGCAGUUAAUACAGCCUCUCAGCUGAGCAGCAAUGUUUUUUUUUCACAAGGUGGUCGACAAAUGCACCCGGUUUCUGUUUUUUUUUUUGUCAAGUGGCUUUAGUGUGAAAAUCAUGUUUCAUGGCAGGUUAUUUCUCUCUGAAUUGCUCAGUGUUGUUGUCAUCUUUUUGUAAAUCAUUAUGCAGUUGGCAUCUGCUGUUAGUUUCAUUUUGCAAAUAAACAAAAUUCGACUUUUUGCUGCUUUUUUAUGCAAUGUAAUUCAACAAGUUUAAACGAAAAGAAAAGCACAACACUGAUCCCAGUUAAUGCUGUAACAAAGAUGUUGGUAUUGAUUUCAUUUGCUUUGGAAUAAUAAAUUCUUGGAAAUUAU